AUGUUCAUAACCUUAAAUUUAGGGAAAAAGAAAGGAACGAUGCCCCGCGUGGAGCCCACACCGGCCGACUUCAGGCGCGUGCUGCGCGAGAAGGCCCUCAACCACAGCCUGUUCUACUUGAGGCUGAGCGCGGGCGAGACCGUGGAGAAGGCGGCGCCCGCGCAGCGCUGCACCGACGCCAGUGGCGUCCCGGCCGCGCUGCCGAACGGACGUCGGCACCCGCAGCCGCGCGUCUCCGAGCUGCUGCGCCGCUUCGAGAACGGCCCCAUGCAGUACCUGCGAAUACCGCGCGCCGCGACACCGCCCGACGACAUCACGUCGUCCGACGACGACGACAGGGCGGCCGUGAGGCGCCGCAGCCGGGACCUCAGCGACGACUCGGCCGUGGAGCUGGAGCCGCGGCCGAGGCGGCACUCGCACCCGCGUGACGUCACGCCGCCCCCCGAGACGUUGCCGAGGCGCGAGAGGACCCUCGUGGAGGCGCACGUGGUCGAGCUCGGCCGCAGGGGCAGCGAGGGGUGCGAGUCGAGGGGCCGCUGCGUGCGCACGCCCAGCGUGGUCGUCAGCGACUACUCGGACGGCGUGGCCGUGGGCGCCACCGACGAGGAGGUGGAUUGGCUGAGGUCCAGGUCGCUGUCGGCCGACUCGGCGUGCUCGUCGUGCUCCACUCUCUCGAGCCGCGAUGACGACGAGCUCGAGUCGCCCACCCUGACGAAAAAGAUGUUAAACACCGAA